UCUUCUUUAUCUACUUUCCCAUUUUCACAUACUCCACUCCUCAACUUCAUUUCAUUUGUCUCUUCUUCUUCUUCAAUUCCAAUGUCAAUCGUCCCUGUAAGUGACCAAAGAGGUACAAUCGCCAAUCGUACCUCUCCAGACUUCUGGGACCUAGAAGGCUUCUCCCCUUUACUAGAUCCAUUUCAAAACUUUCCUUUCCCUUCUUUACUUUCCGCUCACUUCCCCUCAGUUUUCUCUUCCCUUGAAACCCAGGUGGAUUGGAGAGAAACCCCAAGAGCCCAUGUGUUUAGGGGUGUGUUUGGAGGGUCCAACAAUGAGGAUGUGUUGGUUUACAUUGACGAUAACAAUAUUCUUCAAAUAAGUACAGAGAGUGGUAAGUUCAUGAGCAAGUUUAAGCUGCCUGAUAAUGCUCAAAGGGAUAAGGUUAGUGCUUCUAUGGUGAACGGAGUUCUUAUUGUUACUGUUCCUAAGGAAGGUGGUGAUAGGAUCUCUAAUGUAAGGGCCAUUGAAAUUUCUGGUUCUGAUUAGAAUACAUGUAUAGUUAGAUCUUGUGCUUCUAUGUCUGUAGGAGAGGAUCUUGUGCUUCUGUGUCUGUAGGAGAGAGGGUUGGGUUUUCCCGUGUGGUGUCUGUAGGAGAGGAUCUUCUGCUUCUGUGUCUGUAGGAAAGAGGGUUGGGUUUUUCCGUGUGGCUGUGAUGUAAUAAGAUAUGUUUUGCUGGGAGGAUGUAAAUUAAAUAAAUAUAUAUUGAUGGAAUAAAUCUUGUUAUAUCAAAUAUUAAAAGCAAUUACUUCA